GGCAGCGCGCACGCCGGCGUGAGAGGGCACGGGAAAAAGGUGGCUCUGGCCGGGGCGGCUCUGUUUCCUGGGGUUAUGUAGCAGGGCUCGUCGGCUCGCGAGACCUCCUUCGCUUCCCUCGCCCGCGUCCUAGCGCGGAGUUUCUGCUUCGGGCCGAGGCCGUGUUCAAGCUCGCCGCGCUCCCUCGACGUAGAGCGAGCUCGCCCGCCCGUGGGAGCGUCCCGGCUGAACCGCGCUGAGGGGGGAGGGGAGGCCAUUUUGUCCCGACCGACUCCCCGGAACCGGGCGGAGCGGCUGGGAGAGGCUGCGGAGCCGCGGGCGCCGCCCCUUGGAGGCACGGGCGCCGUCACCGUCGGGGCUUCCUCGACGAGGCCGUUCGGAAGGUCUCCCGCUCCGUCUCGAGAGCUGCUUUCCUCCCCCGCACACGCUUCCCCACUGCUGCGGCCCCUGAACGCCCCGGGUGAGGAGUUGGCCGUAGUGAGCAGCACCGAUCCCUUGGGGUUACCGGCGGUGAGCGCCCGAGCCGCUCCUCCCAAUGGCGAAGAAGACGUACGACCUGCUUUUCAAGCUGCUCCUGAUCGGGGACUCGGGAGUGGGCAAGACUUGCGUCCUUUUUCGUUUUUCGGAUGAUGCCUUCAACACCACCUUUAUUUCCACCAUAGGAAUAGACUUUAAGAUCAAAACAGUUGAACUACAAGGAAAGAAGAUCAAGCUACAAAUAUGGGACACAGCAGGCCAGGAGCGAUUUCACACGAUCACAACUUCCUACUACAGAGGCGCAAUGGGCAUCAUGCUAGUGUAUGACAUCACCAAUGGUAAAAGUUUUGAAAAUAUCAGCAAGUGGCUUAGAAACAUAGAUGAGCAUGCCAACGAAGAUGUGGAGAGAAUGUUACUAGGGAACAAGUGUGACAUGGAUGACAAGAGAGUUGUACCUAAAGGCAAAGGAGAACAGAUUGCAAGAGAGCAUGGUAUUAGGUUUUUUGAGACUAGUGCAAAAGCAAAUAUAAACAUCGAAAAGGCGUUCCUCACAUUAGCUGAAGAUAUCCUCCGAAAGACCCCUGUAAAAGAACCCAACAGUGAAAACGUAGACAUCAGCAGUGGAGGAGGAGUGACGGGCUGGAAGAGCAAGUGCUGUUGAGCGCUCUCCUGUCCAUCUGUUGCCAUCCACCAUCUCUUCUUGCUGCAAAAUAAAACACUCUGUCCAUUUUUAACUCUAAACAGAUAUUUUUGUUCCUCAUCUUAACUAUUCAGUCCACUUAUUUUAUUUGUUCUUUCAUCUGUGACUGCUUGCGGACUAUUAUAAUUUUCUUCAAACAAAAAAAAAAAUGUAUAGAAAAAAUCAUGUCUGUGACUUCAUUUUCAGAUGUCCUUGCUCAGCUCCCCACUGCACUUCAUUUGUAUUAUAGUCCAGUUCUUAUCAACAUUAAACUGUAGCAAUCAUUUCAGCUCUAUUCUGCAAAUUGUAUAAGAAUAAAAGUUAGAAUUAACAAUUUUAUUUUGUACAACAGUGGGAUUUUCUGUCAUGAAUAAUGUGCUUGAGUCCCUAUAAUCUAUAGACAUGAUAGCAAAGAAACAAAAGCCAGGAAAACACUCAUUUUCUUGAAUCUGUACGUGGGGUUAAUUUUGUCCUGUGCCUUAUGUGGAAAGGAGCUUGUUUGGUUUUCUUUUCUGUUUUGGUGGAAGCAUGUGCAGGAGACAUUUCAUCCCAACAUAAACCCGUUCAGAUGCUCGUGGUUUGCUUGGCUGGAACUUUCACAGUAGCUAACUAGGACAAAGGGUAACGCAAAAGUGACAUUGGAUUUGCGGUCUCAUUUCCAGUGGCCUUGAUAUUUAAGCCGAUUCCUGCCACCAGGCCCCUUGGCCACUCUGUCCCUGCGUCUCAUCUUUCUGCAUGCUGCUUUGUUUGCCCCACGACUCCUGGUGUGAGUUAUUUAAAGAUGAUAAAGAUAAAGGUUUGUUGAGUUUAACAUAAAGCACGGAUUUACCUUGCUAAGUAAGUGGAAAGAUAAAUUCUAACUGCCUACUAUCAGAUGUCAGUUAAUCGGUGUCAGCCCCUCAGUUAUUCUCUCUCCUGAAACCUGUCCCGCUGUUUGCCUUCUGUUCCUCUCCUCCCCAUCCCCUUCCUGUCUGUUCAUCGAGUUUAUGAAAUGGAAGAGUUAAUUGCAUGCACUAGUGUUUGGAGGGUGUUGUGGUUUGUCUUUCUAAUUAGGUAUGUAUCCUAUUCACUUUCCUAGAAUAACUCUUAACCUGAAUUUGAGUAGUCUCCACUUCGGCAACUCCUCUGGCAGUUCAGUAGCCCAGGAAAGACUGGUUUUAAAAAUAACCUACAGAGCAAGGAGGAGUGGAUCUUAGUAGCAUUUGCCAAAUGUAUUGAGAUUUGGCCUCUGAAGAACACUUUCAGUGUUAAGUUGUCUUUACCUUGUGAGGUUUAGAAAUACAUUAUAAUAUUAAUUUCAAGUCCUAUCCUUACAUCCUCUUGGAAAACUAUUACCAUUUUUUUUUUUUUUUU